AUGUCGGUUUCAGUGAAGGGCACUGCAACCUUGAAGAACGGCAAGGUUUCUUUGGUUCUUCAACCUGAUGUCCAGGACAUUCGCCCUGACACACGUGCCACGGCUACGGGGUCAAACUCCAACGAGGACGAUGUUCAGAUUGACGUUCGCGCAGCCAUGAUGAAGAAGAUCGCUGAUGGCCUUAUGCCGGUACACCCGAGUCGUUCACCAAUCUCAUCUCGAACUUUGUUGGUCCAGAUUUGCCACGCCCAAGAGAAGCAGCAGUUCACCAAGAAAGGCAUAUAUGGCCAAUGGGAUCCCCGUGCAGAGUCCGCAUUGGCAGCAGCGUUGUUGAAGCCAAAGCGCAAUUGCAAAUCAACUUCGUCCGUCCCUUUGGCACUGGAGAACAGCACCACCUCGCCAACUUCAGCAUCCCCGGCGCUCGCGAUUUGCAACACUCCGGCUUCAAACGCCCAGUCGGCCCCCGAGAAUACCAACAUAGAUGAGGCAAAAGCUGAUUCGUCAUCGUCUUCGUCAUCUUCUACAUCCUCCAGCGACGAUGAGCAGCAGGAGCACUCCAGCGGCGAAGAUGAUCAAGAGGAGCACGACGUGCCCCAGGAGCCCAACGACGAGCAGCACGAGCCCGACAACAAGGAGUGCACGCGAAUCCGCACGCAGAAAAGUGUGUCUGCUUUGCAUUGUUGCAGGAUGACUUACAUCAAAUAUCACACUUCUCUCAUCCACAACAUCAACGACUCUGGAGAGUUUCGAAUGAGGGACCUUCCAUUGGUUGACGCACCGAACGCCAAGGGCAAAAAGUUCAAGGAAUUCUUCCACCUCGUAGAGGGCGUGUCUCCAGAAGAUUGUGAUCGGAUUCGCACCGCCAUGAACACGGACCCACCCAGUCUUAACCAGUUACCUGAUUCAGUUCGCCCUCGAGAUGCCCUUGGAGACUCAUGUAUCCUACAGUUGGCUUUGUCCCCUGAUGAGAGCGGCACCUACACGGUUUUAAAGUUCUUUCACUCUACGGCAUUCAUCCCGCUGGGACUUGCCAAGGCCUUCUGCUCCCAGCAAGUUCGUGUCAUCAACUACCAGGUGGCUAGCAACAACGACCGGGUCAAGUGUGCCUUUCUGUACAUGCUUCAGCGCAUCUCGGGAGAGCAGUGGUUAUCACAGUCUCUUGCGGACAAGGUAUCUGCAAAGGCCAUGAAAAAGGAUGACUCCGGAGACGGCAAGAACUGGGAACCAAGUGAAGACGAGCUGCGUGGAGGCAUAGAUUACAUCAACAAGCAUGCGCCGCUCUCCAACACCAAAAAUGAGCAGUUCCUAUGGUGCCUGCUUAAUGUCCGAGAUCGUGAAUCUCCCAUCUACGCGUGGCCCCAUCACAUCGUCAACAAGGCUUGUGUCAACCGCACCUCAGGCAACUCGCAGUCUGAACCGGAGUACUUCUUCCCUCUUGUACUUCAUGAUCUGAACCAGGACUUCUUAGAGAAGGUCGUUCCUCUUGUGCUUCCCACCAUGACCAGUUAUGGACUCAUCCUCAUUGGCCGUCCUGGGGUUGGCAAAACACCCACUGCCAUCAUCCUUGCUCUUGCAGUCGCCAGGCACUUGGUGGCUACUCGUGGUCUGGAAGGUCACAUCCCUGGUUGGAGGCGCUCGAAGCAGAUUGACGGCUUCAGGGAGAGACCUGGUGAACUUCAUGUACCUGUCCUUCUGGAUGAUCCGCUUCUUGCGUCGAUGAAUAUGGAAGAUGUGAAAUCCUUCCUGGAUGUGGGUGAGAACACUCUGGUCGACGCACGUUACCGUGCUGCGAAAUUCGUGCGUAAUCAGUGUCGUAUUCUCCUGAACAAUGAAUGGGGUAGCGAGAAGGAGCCCAAAAUGAUUGUCGGCAACACCAUCACGUGGGAUGCCUUCAGAGAUAUGUUUGGCCCAACAGUCAACAACGCCUCCACACCACACCUGAUGGCAAUCUUGAAGCGCUCCAGCGUCGUCAUUGCAGGCGACCUGGGCGUGUACGUGCGAUUGGCCAGUGAGCACCAAAGCCAGGUCAUACACCGCUUUGCUGACCACGGACUGCAAGAUGACUGGCUGAAGAGCGAAAACAAAAAGUUCUAUGGGAUGUACAAGGACGGACAGCACGUCAAACCCCCAGGUUACCAGGAGGCACUUGAAGCCGAAGCUUCUCUGGUAAGUGAGAUCCUUGCAUCCCCAGAAGAAAGAGAAUAUCUCGCACGAGGGCGCAGUCACGAUGAAUGGGCCAUGGCUUAUGGGGAGGACACACCUGCUUUGACUACACCGCGGAAUCCUUCGACAGCAUCCAUGGCACAGAGUCCUAACAUCACAUCUCCGCCGUUGAAGCAUGCCAGGACCUCGGCGUCUUCAGGUUCACAGGGCAACGACGAUGCUGAUGAAGAGGCCGCCAGGAGUAUGCAAUUGUUCGAGUGA